UCAGAGCCGCCACAACCCACGGAACACUGCGACCGUCAGAACGGGAACUUCGCUCCCAAGGACAGCCCAAACUGCCAGGACGCUUACCGUUGCGUGGACGGUGUCGGCUCCCUCAUCAGUUGCCCUGAGGGCCUUGCCUUUGCUCUGGAGACUGGCAUCUGUGAUUGGCCCGACCAGUCCGGCAGGAAGGACUGCCACAAGGAGAACAAGCAGAACUUCACGUGUCCCAAAGUGGGGUUGGACGUGGCGGUGUCCCACCCACGCUACGCUGACCCCCACGACUGUCAGUACUUCUACGUGUGUAUCAACGGUCAGACCCCCAGGAGAAACGGUUGUGCCUUCGGCCAGGUCUUCAACAACAACACUACCACCUGCGAGUCGCCCAAGGACGUCCCAGAGUGUUCUGACUACUACACCGAGUACUUCGAUGACUACUUCGCCACACUGGAGAAGGACCCUGGCAAGAUGAGCGCCGACAUCAUCGCCGCCGCUAUUGGCGCCGGCUACGACGUCCCGAAAUUCAGAGACCGGGUUCGAAUCCAACAAGGGACCAAGGCACCGCUUCAGCGUGCCGCCACGACGGCUUCUCCCCUCAUUGAAGCCAUCAAACCCGUGAGGAGUAGCAUCAGGAAGCCCACACAGCAACCCCAACAGCGCAGGCCGGGAGCUAUCCGUCGCAAGCGACCCACCACAACCACAACCACCGUCGCUCCUGAUGAAUAUGAAUACUACUAUGAAUACCCCGAAGGAGGAGAGGUUCCCUCACCAGAUUUUGUCUCAGACACGGCCCCGGCUGCGAGCAACUCCGUUCCGAUCAUCACUAAGGACGUUGCUGUAUCAGUUGACUCUCCCGCUGACGCUCCAGUAGAUGCAAUCGACGAAGCUCUCAUUGCAACGGACCCCGUUGGAACGGACCCCGUUGGAACGGACCCCGUUGGAACGGACCCCGUUGCAACGGACCCCUCUACCUCCGCCUCCUCUAAGCCAUCACAAGGAACUAGGACAAGCAUACCAGCUUUCAGGCGCUCGUUCGUCAGGUCUGGCAACUAAAGUGUGCAGAUCUUCUCGAGGGCAUAAUUGGCUAUCUAGCAGCAGCUAUAGCUUGCCUGAAAUGGUAAUCUAGCACCAGCUAUAGCUUGCCUGAAAAGAUUAUCUAGCAGCAACUAGCGUGCAUAACUGGUUUGCUAGUAGCCUACUUUUGCUACUUUCUAGUAGCCUAGAAAGUCAACACAUGCUCUCGGCGUGGUCUGGAACUGCUUAAUUGCCACCCAAAAAACUAUCUUGUGUUAUGAGCUUGCGGCACAACAGCCAGGUUUUACCUUUACCGGGUUUCGAGAGGUAUUUUAGUUUGCUUUUACAGACAAGCCUGAGAACUCCUGGGUGAUGAUCAGCCGAGCUAUUGUUGCUUAAAGUUUAAGAAGCUUACAGUCAUUACAGCCUAACUUAUCCGGCACGUUGCAUAAAACUUUGUGCCCAAACGAGUCUACUCGUUUAUGAAGGGCGUGACGUUAUAGGAUAUGAAAAUAAUAAUAAAUGGUUAAGCUAAAUUUAAAUGUAUAUAUAUGACAAUUUACAACUUUUUAUGUCAACCAUUUUAGCUUUGCUAUCUUAAUUAAUUUUUUUUUUAAAUAUUUGUAUGGUAAAGGGACGAGGAGAGAUAGACAGUGCUCUCUAUAUAAUUGUCAUGGUGACCAUGACAUUCUUUGUUGUCAUUGGGAUUAACUUGCAUUUUAAACUAUACUCUUCACUCUCAUCAAACUGAUCAAUAUAUUGAUCAAAUUGAUCCAUAUUUGUUAAUGCACAUAAAGAUGGCCACAACAGUUGUGCUGUAGGGUCAUAACACGAGCAAAAAUUGGCAAAUUGUCUAUUUAUAUUCAUAGUUGUGGUGUUGAUAUAUGAUCCAAAUGUGAUAGGACAACGACAGCCAAUUUUCUAUGAAAAUUAAUAGGAAAUAAAUGGAUCUUGGAAAGCAUUGCUACAUUUUUGGACUCGUAUUUUGGAAUGUAUAUUUUGUGAAUAGUAAUAGCAAUUUCUGAACCCCCUUAUGUAUGCUUCUUGUAUUUUUUUUUUAGCGAGAAUCGUAAGUCAAGACUCAAUAAAAAUGCAGUACUGUAAACGUCAGAAUUGUGACAUGUUACAGCGUGCUACAGUCAAAAGAUACAGUCAUGUUGAAAUCUCUGUAACCUAGAGACGAUUGUGCUGCUAUAUCAACCAUUUAAUGUAACUAGUAAUUCGUUUGUACAUAAUGAAAAACAUAAUUUAGCAAGUUCGUUACCUAUAUAUAAUUAUCUGUUACAUUUGAUGGUGCGAUGCAUGUAACAAUCGUGUGUGUUAUUAUAGUGGUUAUGAUACAUAAAUUGUAUGAUGUAUUUUAUACCUAGUGGGAGCAAUUAUUAAAAUACUGUAUUUGUCAUAGCCAAUCGGAUAUACUUACAGAAUUCUUAAUAUAUAUAUAUCUAUAAUGUUAUCGA